AUGCCGCAGCCUUUCGCUAAAGAAUAUGCUGAAUUAACUUUAUGUAUUGGAUUCCUGAUAUUAAUCGCUAGUUUUAUCUUUGGCAGCAUUGCAUUUACGUACUCUGAGUAUCAUAAGUCUCAAUAUGAUGGGAAAACUUUCACUUUGGAAACUAUAUGCCAUAUUGAUGGCAUUGUUUCGCGUCCUCAAGAAGAAAACAGUUCCUCGCUGAUCAUAAUCAAUAGCACUUUUCUCGUUUCGUACGAAAUAAAUGAAAAUGGAAACACCACAAAACAUUUAUUCGAGGAGUGGUCGAUACCUGUGUCGCUUCAACCGAAUGUGGUAAACAGUACAUAUUCAUGCUACCUUGAUCCGAGCAAUCCUCGACGACGACCACUUAAACUGAUGCCGGAUAUUGAUGCUGCUAGCAGAAAAUUUAUCUGGUAUGAAUUAAUACCUAUGAUAGUACUGCUCUUAUUAUCGAUGCUGACAGGUGCUAUUCUCAUUUAUAAAUGUUAUAUAUUUAUUUUACAAAUUCGACCACAAUGCAUAUUUGGUGUUCUAACGCACCCUACUAAUAUUACAUAG